AUGCCUCCCAAACGCAAGUCCGACAACGACAGCGCCUCAGACAGCGCAGCCAAAGCAAGACCUCCCCCACACCUAAGUAGCCCCAAAGCCCCCAAAUCCAAGGCCCACAAGACCCGCGCAACCACCAAAGUCUCCACCGCCGACAAAAAGCUGCAAGCCCAUUUAUCGACCAUCCAAACCGAGCUUGACAACUGGGUGCGCGCCCACGCCGUGGAGUCCCUCCCCGGCGACAAAGAAUUUCCCCUGGAUGCCCGCAAUGCCCUCCUCCGCGAGCUAGGCGGUUACUGCACCAAGGCCGACGACGGCUGGAAGGCGCUCGUGGACAGCCUGCCGCCGGGAUCGGUGGAGAAGCUGCCCCAGGCGCUGGCGGUGGUUGUGUUGGCGAAAGACGUGUUUCUGAAUGUGGUGCAGAAUCCGUUGGCUCUGGCGGAGGGGACGAUUCUUGAGGGGAGAAGGGUCGCGUGGGAGAAGACACGUUUGGAGAACGAAUCGUACGCCCACACCAUGCGCAAAGCCCUUGCCCCAUACGCCAUCUCAAAAGCCGGCCCCGCCGUCGCGAGCGCCAAACUCUGGGAAUCCGCCAUGGAGCGACUGUCACCGCAGAGCAACGACUCGUCCCCGCUGCGCCACCUGCUCAAGCCCGCCAAGAAAGACAAGGACGAAGAGGCGCGGUUUGAGGAGCUGAAGGCCGCGUACGAAGCGGCCGGCGCGGUGAGCUUCGGCCUGUGGAACAAGGACAACGAGACCCAUACUCGGUUCCGGACGGAGGUGGUCGCGAGUGACGAGGACGGUGAUGAUGAUAAAAAGAUGCCGUUUGUGACGCAGCCGGCGGUGAUCCGGGUUGCAGAUUUGAAGGGUAAGGCGGCUGGUGAGGUGAUUUCUUGGGCGCAAGGGUUGAAGACGGAGGAGGAGGCUUAG